GGGGCGACAGGCAUCGGGCCCCCAGGCGGAGCGACAGGCAUCGGGCCCCCAGGCGGGGCGGCGGGCGCCGGGCCCCCAGGCGGAGCGGCGGGAGCCGGGCCCCCAGGCGGAGCGGCGGGCGCCGGACCCCCAGGAGGGGCGGCAGGCACCGAGCCCCCAGGCGGAGCGGCGGGUGCCGGGCCCCCAGGAGGGGCGACAGGCAUCGGGCCCCCAGGCGGGGCGACGGGCGUCGGGCCCCCAGGCGGAGCGGCAGGCGCCGGACCCCCAGGAGGGGCGGCGGGCGCUGGACCCCCAGGAGGGGCGGCUGGCACCAGGCCCCCAGGCGGAGCGGCGGGCACCGGGUCAUCAGGCACGACAACGGGCAUCGGGUCACCAGGCAUCAGGUCAUUUGGCUCGCCAGCGGGCACCGCGUCAUCUGGCAAGGCAGUGGGCACCGAGUCACCAGGCACGACAGUGGGCUCUGAGUCAAUUGGCACGACAGCGGGCACCGGGUCAUCAGGCAUUGGAUCAUCUGGCUCGACUGCGGGCAUCGGGUCACCAGGCAUGACAGCGGGCACUGGGUCAUCAGGC